AUGGGGCCGAGCCGAGCGCUGCCACCGCUGCUGCUGCUGCUGGGCCUGGCUGGAGCCUCCACGCCAGAUCCACGCGGAGCCACGCUGGGACAGGGUGGCACCGCCGUGGGACAGGGUGGCACCGCGGUGUCCUCGUCCCCACCGGGGUCCCUGAGCUACGGGGCCGUGGUGGCGGCGGCCGUGGAGCUGCUCAACGCCAGGGCCGUCAGUCCCUUCGUGCUGCGGCUGCGGGAGGCUCAGCCCCGGCCCGGCUGGCCCUCAGACCUGCAGAGCCGGCGGGAGCUGAGCUUCACCCUGGAGGAAACCACGUGCAGGGCACCGGGAACGGCCACCAGCAGCUGCAAGAGCCGCUGGCUCGGGGCUCUGACCCGGUGCCAGGGCUCCGCGUUCCUGGAGGGGCAGCAGCCCACGGUGGAGCUCUCCUGCGAGAAGGCCCCGGCCGCGUUGGGCCAUGUCUGGAAAUCCAAGAUCAAGGAUUUCUUUGGCAAGGUCAAGCAGCGUUUCCAGGGCUUCUUCCAGUGCGGUCGGAUCUGGAUCCGGGACAGGCUCAACCUCAAGGCGCCCAAACCCUGA